CUAUGCACAGAGGGUUCGGGUAGUAGGCGUUGUGCUGUGGGUACGGUAAUGCGUGAAUCACGCAUUGUGCUCAUGUGAUCGUGCCGCUUAGUUAUGAGACAUGCAUGCAAGAUGGUGGACUGCCGCAGAAAUCCUGGUCAGUUUCUUUCCCGUAGUUAUUCGCGAUUUUUCCGCCAGGAUGUCAUCUGAAACGUAGCCUGGACACUUUGGAUCGUUGUUCUUCAAUCUGGUGGGUCUUCCAGGCGUUCUCUCGGCGUGGAUUUUUUACCAUGAGAGUCGUCCGGAAUGGCUAGGUUCCGAGCCGGGAGCCGUUGGGGCUGGACUGGCAACGCGAGCGGGACAUUAUUGCAACAUCGGCCGGGUGGGUGGACUGCGAGCUCACCGGUUGCCCGUCUUGAAUUUAGUGCCCCGAAUCGAAGGGGAUUUCUGGGAUAUCUCUGACAUCUAUCUAUCGACCUUAUUUCCCUCAAGUUGGACUACCCCAGCCGGUGAUUGGACCGGAGAAGGGGUAGUGAUUUUAGGAGUUCACCAUGCGUGUUUAUAUGAUAAUGGGAACAGUCGUUUACAGGACACACCACACAUGGCUGUCGCGACUGUUCCUAAUUUGCGUGACUCUUUUCAUGAUCUGGACAGUUCUAAUUUCACUGCAGUUAAAGAGUGUCUUUGAAGUCCCCGUAGACUCGGGCCCUGUGCUGCCGCACACAGACAUCCUCGGUAUACUGAGGGACAUCAGACGGUCGACCAAAGCAGAGAGAGGGGCUGACGGCAGUCUAGCAGACGACAAAAAAUGCCUUUACAGAAGAGGUAAAACGUCAAUAGAGAAAGACAGCAUCAGCAGAGUAGGAGAAGUGUGCCAACAACCUACCUUUGUCAGCCCAGCAGAUGAUAAGGUGCAACUCAAUUUCUCAGGCGUGAGCAUAGACGUAGUCAACAGGGAGAUCUUCAGCAAACGAACUUUUGCCAAAAUACGGCAUUUAAACAAAGAAGCGCAGGGCGCCGUCGACGAGACGACACGGAACGUUCUGUCGGACGUGUCAAGGCGGGGCAGGACAUGUUUGCGAAGCUCCAUCACCUUAGAUGAUUAUAUAUAUACACCUGGGGGACAUUGGAAACCGAGGCAUUGUGUACCGCGUUGGAAGGUAGCCGUUGUGGUUCCAUUCCGGGAUCGCUUCACCCAACUGCCCAUCUUCCUUCGUCAUCUAGUGCCUUUUCUAAAGAAACAGCUCCUAGAGUUUGGUAUUUAUAUCAUUGAACAGAAUAAUAAUGAGCCGUUCAACAAGGCUUUCCUCAUGAACGUAGGGUUUUUAGAGUCGCUGCGAUUCCAAGACUGGGACUGUGUCGUCCAUCAUGACGUGGACCAUGUGCCGCUCAGCUAUGCAAACUACUAUGGCUGUGGCGAGAUGCCGCGUCAUUUCAUGUCUGGGGAAGACACCUGGGAUUACAAAAUUCUGUACCCGGACAUGUUUGGCCAAGUGUUCGGCGUGACGCGGAAGCAGAUGGAGGUGAUCAACGGUUUUCCCAACGUCUACUGGGGCUGGGGAGUGGAGGACGACGCCAUCUACAGCCGCAUCCUCCUCCACGGCUACAACCGCUCCCGACCGGUGGGGGAGGUGGGGUACUACAACACCAUACGGCAAGACCACAAGCAGUCGGAGAGUAACAAAGUGAGGCACUGUUUACUGAGGCACGGUCGAGAGCGCGUCAACAGCGAUGGACUGUAUAACAUAUGGUACUCUGUGCCCAGGAUUACAGUAGAACCGCUCUAUAUCAAUGUGUCAGUUGACAUACGGCCACUGCCGUGGAAUGCCACAUGGACGUCAUGCGAGCACAAUGCCCUGUCCAAUACGAUAGGCACGCUGGACUUUUUCUUCAAUACGUUCCUGGGCUUUAGGCACAUCUUUAGGAAGUGAGGGCCGCCUUUACACCUACUUGCGGAAAUUGUCCGCUGGAUCUGUCUGUUUUGCAUUUGGUUGCGAGUUAAACAUUUGACUGCUCUCAGUUCAGAUGCCGACAAGCUGAUAGGGAAAUGUUGGUUCUUUUAAUUUUUUUUUGUCUGAGGUGAGAUGUCCAUUGUGGUGCUGAAGAUGUCUUCGAUACUGUAGCAUCUUCUUUUCCAUUGUUGCAGCUGUCGCUGCUAACUUUUCCACUUGCUCAUGAGUGGCUCGACCGGGCACGAAUGUCACCACGCGAGACAGCAGGAUCGGGUCAAUACUACCUGUGGCCAAAGACCCGUCAUCCUCUUUUGACCUCACACACCCCUCUUCUGUAUUCUGCUGCUGCUCGGCACACUCGGCACCGUGUUCCGGCAGCUUGCACAAUGCUCCAGUUGCCUGUCGUCACCCAUUGUCUUCUUGCGAGUGGGAAAAAAAAACAGCUUGUCAUUGGUGUUGCUGUGUCUCCAUUUCAUCAAGCGCCAAUCUACCAAAGGCAACACAGAUUAAUCACCUGCAAUGAUUAUUGUAUUACAAAUACUGUACAUUUAUUAAUCGAUUAACUGAUUAACCACUGCUGCUGUACUUCAACAGUCCGAUACCUUUUACAACAAACAAAUCAUGUUGGAACUGGGGACUUAAGACAUGCGAAUAACUAUCUAGUUACCAACUUACAGUUGAGUCCUUUUCUGAGAUCUACAUAUUCAUAAAGAUAAGAUUACACAGUAGUUGAAAUGUCUCCACCGUUAGCCCCUCACACUUGACAGUGUUUGGACUUCAGGCUUUACACACCGAUACAAAAAAGGUAUUAAUACGUGUCUAGGCAUUUGCAAAAGGACUAGGAUUUGGACUAGAGUCUUGUUAGUCCAUUUGCACAUACAAAGAUUUCUGUACUUGUACAUCUUUAACAUACUUCUCUGUCCAAACUUCUUGUCCGCACGGUUCAAUUUGUGAAUGUAAUUUCAGGUGUUUUCUUACUCAGUAAAGGAUUCAACUGCUGCACUUGGUGUUUGGAGUUUUUUUUUUUCUUCCACGAUUUUGCCAUUUCUCCAGGACAAACUUGCAUGUCAAAACAGCGUUUUGAUUGGACAAAAGUAGAUAGCAUUAAUGAUAUUCAUUCUUUCAAAUGCAAAGGCUUAAAAAAAAAAAAACAACGAGGUUGAUUCACUUCCCUCCUUCAGAAAUUUGACAUGGUCUUCAGUGUGUGAAGCAUUGAAGGUUAGCUGAAACCUGUCACCAAAAAUUAGCGCCAGCAAAUGAUUGUAAAAGGAAAUGACAUUUAGGGAGAAGUGCGGUCAGUGUCACACAGUUCAUGUCAGAUCCUGCUCUUUUUUUUGUUUCCUUGUUUGUGUAAUAGCAAAACUGAAACUGAAAGUUUCUUGACAAGAAAAAAAACAACAAAAAAAAACAACAAAUUUUUGGAUAUGUUUUGGAAGUUGGCCUAUAUGUCAUACAUCCAGAAAUCCGGUAUCUCUGAAUCUAUUGUUGGUUUUGAGCAAAGAUUGUAAAGCACUGGAUAACUCUGCCCAAAAGGUGUAAUUACCAUGGGCGCCAUUUGAGCAAGUGAUACGCCUGUGCGGUUUACGGUAAUGCUUAGGUGCAGGCUCACCAGUUGCACGUGCCUGGUGCCUGCGCAUUAAUGUGCAUUGCCCAGGCGUAUCGCUUGCUCAAAUGGCGCCCAUGCGAUUACAAUGUUUUACGUGUAUUCACGGUGAAGUUCGCCAUCUUGCGCCGCUACGCGACGAUCUUUGGUUUUGAGCCCAUCGUGCACAAUGUCCAAAACGGCAAAUGUAUUUGUUGUGGGGAUGUGUGCACACAGCAAACCUAGUGUCAAACGCGGGCCUUGUCAUAGAUAACAGUCACAUGCUGAGCAAGCACAAGUUAGCACCAUCAAAGUACACAAACAAUUUCUUGAAGAUGAAAAAGUUUGACAGGUUCCCCAAAACGUAAUUAAAUAGAGUGCACUUUAUUAUAUUUCAGACAACACAGUCAAAUAGUUUGCUUAGUUUACAACAAAAUGUCUGAAAAUAUUUGAGAAGUUGUUUUCCCGGGGGAAGGGGGGGUGUGAGAGUCCAUAUUGCAAGUUAAGGGCCGUCGUGCCACUCAGAAGAACAUCACCUCAAGUACUUAGUAUUAGCUGUGCAUAUGUUCACAGCAUCAUUGUUCCUGAAAGCAGACACCUGUUGCACAUUUAUCCCUGUCACUGUAACUGUGUUUAGCCAACUGCUGGUCAGUAAUUUCUAGUGAAAAGUGUCAACAGUUCACUUGAUGGUUAUGAGUUAUUCUACAAGAUGGAGGCUUAGUGUUGAAACAGUAUUUGUGGCAUGUUGUUGCAUGGUUUAACAAGGGUGUUCCCGGAGUGAUCAUGCCUGUUUGCGGCAUAUUUCUUUGUCUAGACAAAAGGUUUUUUCCCACACCUUAAUUUCCUCAUUCACCUUGAGGAAUCAUUUCUUGGACUUUUAUUUUUUUUGGGGGGGGGGUUGAAAACUACCAAAUAUCACUUAGAACUUUUUCUCACUAACUGUUCCGCUAAACUUAAGCACUAGUGCAAAUGUUGUGUUGAUCCUCGUGAAAUGUGUCAUUUAGAAGGAUGCCACUGGGCCUCUUCAAAACAUACUGAACAUGGUGUUCUGGAAAUUUUUUGAUUGGAUGACUUAUGGUGGACAGCCCUACUUUUUAAAGAAGCAGCAAAUCGUUGAUGCUGUAAGCAAGCUCAUCUGUAGAUUUUGGAAUGAUAGCUCAGCUCAAACGUUGGUUCUUGAUUAACCAAUAAAGGCUGUGACACGCUGCAACUCGGCAUGGGGCUCACUCAGAUUGCUUUUAAAAAGGCCUCUGAAAUAAUGUUAAUAGACAAAGAGCCGUAAAUUUUCCGUCGGCUCUGUACUCUGGAGCCAGAGCCAAAAUCAAAGGAACAACAAAAAAGGGACUGGGCAAGGCUUGUUGGCACAGUCUGUGAGCACAGUAUCACUCUUUGGCCACUGUAGGAUGGUGAUGCCUUAGGUGUCUUGGAACCAGACCAAAAUGGCAUCAGCAUGAUAGAAGCCAAAGCCAUGUAUAGAAUGCUAGAAGAACUCACUACUCAGUCAUGGAAUUUUUUGUUUAUAAUUAGGUUGUGUAUAAUUGUUUGUUAAUUUUAUUGAGAUUGUACCCAUGACCUGUAACCCCAAGGCUGACCUUUGACCUUUGUCUGGAGCAGUGGCCAUUGAUAUGAUGCUUAUGGGUGUUACUGUAAUUAACCUUCACUCAAAUAUUUGCUUUUGUUAGGUUUCAUUUAUCAACUGAGAGUAAUGUAGUGGGAUAAAUUGAGAAAAAUCAAAUUAAAUCUGUAUAGAUCUGUCUCCCAAAUAAAAAGAAACCGGGGGAAAAGGAGAACAUUUCUAUAGCUUUAUUUAGACCACCAGCUGUUGGUUUGGUUGCAACGGACAGUUAUCUAUGAUUAUUUUUGGCCGAAAAUGACGUUUCUUGAGAAUGUGAAGAGUAAUCUUUAUUGAACAUACAAAACUAAUUAUCUCCUGGAUAGGCCAGGUUGGACAACAUCUUCAAGACUGGUGUCCAACCUGAGCUUUCUCCUUGUAGGCGUCUAGAGGAACAGACAUGUUGUCUAGAUAUCUCUCUCUCUCUCAAACCUCUGCCAAUGACAUCAGCUAUCCCCACAGCGCGGGUCCAGAAAGACAGCGCAAGUCGAAAGUGCCACAGAAGUUUAUUGGUGCGUUUGUGUAGAAUGGAUGCGGUGAAUCUGUGCAUCAGUCCCCUUACGUUUUACCUUUUUUGGCUUUGUCAGUAUUCAGAAUUUCAAAGGUUGAAAAUCUUUUAAAAAAACAAACAAACAAACAACAGACACGAAAAUCAAGCUAGAGUUGGAUAUCAUGAAGGAAGAGUUGGACGGAAUUUUUUUUUUUCUCUCCUGAGAAACUGUACGCUGUAAAAUUGUCUUUGUGUUGUAAACACGUAGUGACUCUACUUGUGUGCAUGUAAAAUAUGUGGUGGAUUUCGUUCAAACUUAUUGUAUCCUAAACUCCGUGUUUUAGAAUAUUGUCAGUUUUUUAAGAUAUGUCUUACUGGGUAAUCGUGCUUUUGGUGUCUGUUUUUAAAACAUUCAGAUGUUGUGCCCUCAUAUUGGUUUUCUUGCUGCUGUCAUGUUUGUUGUUUGAAACUAGUCAGUGUGUUAAUGUGGGAACUGUUUAAUGGGGAAUGGGCGGAGCUUGUAGUGAAAAAAGGGCGGGCACAUUAUCAGGAGGGUAAACAUGAUAGUAAGUGGUGUCAUUUCUGCAGCUCAAAACUAUGACGGUGAAAAGUUACCAUUGAAUUGUAAUGUCAGUGUUGAUGUUGAACUUUUCAAUCGGCAGUUUUUGUUAUCGUAAGUCUUGAAUUUUUUCUUUUUCUGGAAGGUUAUUGUGCUUUUUGUCAUCGUGUGUCUGAGAUGUUAGAGUCAAACUUGCCUGAUUGAUGUGAGCUGUGGUUGAGAGAAAAAUGCAUAAAAUAUUGUGAAUUGCUUAAGUGGAAAAAAACCUAAUAUUAAUGAGUGUGUACAUGUACUUUCCUUGUUUUCCAUAAAUUUUCUAUAAACUUCACUGUAUUGUUGUUAAAAGGAAGUUGAUUUACCACAUGGUUGAUUCCUGCCGUACAGAACAGUGACUUGUUGGUUGAAAGCUUACCAAAUUGUGCAUUCUUGGCCUGAAAUGUGUAAAUGUUGAUCCACAGAGUAAUUGUUUUCUGGAAGUAGUUUUGAAAUUUGAAAGUUUUAACACCACAUGCACGGUACAUAUUCUGGUUCCAACUACAUGACCAAAGUCAGUGUAAACUUGUCAUACUCCUACUUGUGUUCACGGAGAUGUCCUUAAUUACACAAUAGCAUUCCCACCCCCCCACAUCUGAUGUUUCUUUGGAAAGACUCUUCAGACAUGGGAAUAUUUUCUGGUACAAAACGAGCAGCGUAAACGUUGCUAAAUCCUGUCCAAUUACCAGUCCUCUACAAGUUCUGUAACUUUAGUUCAUGUCAUGCCUGUAUUCGUGGAACCAUCAGCAGCCCUUUGUGUUGAGUCAUGUCGAGUAAUUUAGCUUUAGUUUAGAGAGCUUCAAUAGCACGCCACCGCCAAAAAGAAGUAUAAUUAUUGUAUGUGGAGCCUGAACUUGUAUUCUUGGCCAUUGUGGGGGAAAAUGGAUUCAGCUGGAGGUUCCUGAUUGAAGGACCUCGUUCGUGUCUUUAUCUCGUCCAACUUUUGUCAUUCAGCAAGUUUCAAUAUGUAACUGACCAAUGAUGGAGCUGAUUGUCCAGUGGAUUUACAUACUUUGUUGAGUCCUUUUCCUCCAUCUUCAGUCUGUUUCCAGUCAGUUUAAUUCUGAUGAAAUUUGGAAAAUCAGCACAGGGUUGUGACCAAGAUCUUUUAAAAGAUAAUUUCUGAAAAGUGGUAUAGAAAUGUAGGAUACAUAGGCUAUUACUAAGUUAUGUGAUACAUCAUUGUCUUUGCCCGGGCUUAAGCACUGAAUGUACUGACCAUAAACUCUGUGUCACAUGACUGCUGAUCAUGAGAUUAGUGUCAUGUGACCAUUUGGUUCUGGAUAUGAUGUACUUGUUGACGUGCCACACCCCAUGCUUAGAACAAUGUGUUGAUUGAUGCACUGAAGGUGUAUUAGUUUUGGUGCAAUGGAUUUUCUGUGAAUUGUGGGGGCUUGUUUUAUGUUGAUUAAACUUGGAGAAGUUAUGGGAAACUUAUACACAAGAUUGGAAGUUUUUUUGUUUGCCCGUAUCUGAUCUCGAAGGUUUAGUUUAAUUAUACUAAUUAACAGGCCAAAAUGAUCAUAGUGUCUUAUUCAACCCACAUAGGGCCAGAACCUGCACAACUUGAACACUUCAAUUAACACAGUUGUAGUCAUGAAUUUAGCCUCUUGUGGCUCGAUGGGGCCUUCCUUAUUGUUCCGUAGCAUUUAGGGAGGCAGCUACCAGGCUAGGAGAGUAUUUUUAUCCUUGGUGUAUGUAGUGUACCGUAUAGAGUUGUUUACAGAAUACAUAUAAUUGCUUUGUACAUUAUUCCUGGGGACACAAUGAGUUCCUAUAAUGCUGGAGGAUAUAUAUUGAAUAAAUUGCUGAUUUGCUUAAAUGGA